ACAGUAUGUGUGUUUUUAUGACUGGAGACGCGCGGCGGUGUGUGUGAGUGUGAGUAAAAGCGCGCUGGACUCACAUUACAGCCGCGCGCGCCUUCACCAGUGCGCAUACUCAUGUGAGGUAUUCCAGAUGUGCACAUCGCCUCUGUCCGGUCACAGUCAGACCAUCUGAGUGGACAAAACGCUUUCCGUCAUGUUGCCAUUCGCCAUCUGGCUGCUGUUAUUGCCGCUCUGCAGUGCGGUCUACACGGGACCUUUGCUCCCUGAAAUGUCUAACGGGACCUUUCACCACUUCUUCGUACCGGAUGGCGAUUACGAGCAGAUCGAGGAUCCGGAGAAAUGCCAGAUGCUUUUCAAAUGGAUCGACCGUAGGCCGUGUCCUCUGGAAGAGGAUCAGGACACGAUCAUCCGAGAGGAUUUUGUCAUCAUUAAACAACAGAUCGAAGACACAGCGCGCGUUUUGGAGAGUCUCGGAAUGAGUAUAUCCUUCGACCUGGACGGCGAGGACAGCUAUGGGAAAUACCUUAAAAGUGAGAUUGUGCAGAUCAAUGAGGCUUUUACAAAUGUGGAGAAAGCGUUACAGGAACUGGAGACCAAAUUCAAGCAAAGUAAGGAGACCGAACAACGAGAAGAGCACAAGUUCACUCAUAACUUCAUCAACCCCAUGUAUAAUGUGAGGGACACUCUGCAGAACACUCUGGACAUCUCAUCUGGACUCAAACAUAAACAUGAACUCAUAUCUCUGAUCAUCAAGAGCCAUGGAUCGAGGUUAAGCCGACUCAAAAACGAGUACCUCAAUGUUUAGACUCGCAUUAAUCUCAGACUACAGUCCAAGUUGGAUUGUUAUUUUAGCAACGUACGGAUCGCCAAUGUUUCACCACUUUUGAAAGCAUUUGGUGGUGGAUUUUUUGCAUCGUAGGCCUAUGUGCUAGUCUUGAAAAGUAAAAAGUUCUUUAAUAGUAGGACCAUUUUCUUUGUUUUGGGUUCUUGAGUUGACUUUAUGGCUCUUUGGAGAUUAAACAAAUAUUCUGGGUUCAAUGCAAGUUCAGCUAAAUCAACAGCAUUUGUGGCGUAAUAUUGAUUAUCACAAAAAUUCAUUUCGACUUGUGUUCGAAUGGUUAACAUUGAGGCACUAACAAUGGAAGUGAAUGGGGCCAAUCCAUAAACAUUAAAAUACUCACUGUUUCUAAAGUAUAGACACAAGACACACAAUGUGUCAAUUCAGUUCUACACUGAAAUGUAUAUAAACAUGUACUUCAGUUGCACAUGCACAAGGUGAACUGAAAUAGAGUUAACAGGUACCAAUUUGACCAAAGGAGACACAGGUCACCCUAAUGGUGGCAUCCCGUGAAACUACUAUUUACAACAAAACAACAUAAAUAAUGCUACAAAAGAGCUAAAACUAUUUAAAUGUCCCAAAAGUUCCCUUUGACCAAGGAAACAUAUUUACAUUUUUCAAGUGCAAAAGAUUGUGGGUAUUCCACAUGUCCUCAAUUUUGUACUGCAAUAGUUUGAGUUAUUAACACUUAACAUCUUAGGUCUAUAGAAUUUUAAGACAAAUAAGAUAAAUGAACAUAUAGAUUUGAGUUAUGAGCCCAAUAUUUCCAGUAAUGUUUAAUUAAGGCAACAUGAUUUUUCCAGUAAUGACAACUUUAGGGUUUACAGAGUACUAUGGAAAUGAUUUUCUAAAGAACGGUAAUGAAAACAUUCUUUGUGGAACUUUUAAAGGUUUUCCAAUGACACAAGACAAAACCCUUUCUGGUUCUAUUUGGAAGCUUUAUUUUGUGUGAAGAGCUCAAGCCAGAUAAUAAGUUUUUUUUUUUUUUUUUUUUUUUUUUGGAACCUGAAGCAACCCCUCAAAAAACUAAAUAAACCCCAAAUUACAAUAAAAACAAUUGUGAGAAAAUUUCGAAUUUCCUUAAUAUUGCAACUGUAGUGUUCCAUGUGUACUUUUUGUGGCACUAGUGUCACCAAAACGGAUUUUCAAAAAUAAACAUUGUUUAAAAAAAAAAAAAAAAAGAUUUCUGAAUACCUUCCAUAUUCCAUUGUUUAAAAAAAUAAAAAUAAAUAAAUAAAUAAAAUAAUAAAUUCCCGCCCCAAACUCACGCCAUUGGUUGAGUCAGUUUUAUUGUUUGGGCUGGACGGGCUGCUUUAAACAGACAGAGUGAUUUUGGAAAUUAAUAGGGUUGCCAACUGUCCCGUAUAAGUCGUGACAUCCCAUCUUUAGGCCUAAAUAAAUACAUCUCGUAGGGGACAUCUAUUGUCCUGUAUUUUUGCGGUGAGACACUUAAAGGGGGAAAAUGCUCGAUGGGGAAUGGUCGAACAAUGAAAUAUCCAAUAUUGAAACAACAAAACGCUCAAAGGGGGAUACCCGCAACCACCCCUGGCUGGACGUGUGGCAUAAAGUUAGCAGCCUUAGAAAUCAACCUACUAGUAGUUUACUUAUCUCGAUAUAUUAAGAUGGGAUUGGAUGGAGAAAGUAUUUUUAACAUUGAACAAAUAGCACACUGAAGCUUUAAUAUUUCCAUUUUACAUUUUUUGUCUCUAAGCAUGCAAAAAGGUUUUUCUUAAGAAUAACAUACAACACAUAUGUGUUGAUAUUCUUGCUGUUUUAAAUUAGUUGACUAAAUUAAAUUGUUAGAUAUGCACUAAUUUAUUGAUAGAAGUGUUCACUUUAAUAUGUGGUAACUUUGACUUUAUUCAUGUAGAAUAUAUAUAUAUAUAUAUAUAUAUAGUCUUCAGUAGGCUGCACUUUCUCAGUAGUCUUCAUAAUGCUUUCAUUUCUAGAUAAUUGAAGUUUGAGGAGUGGCCGUUAAAGAUUUCUGGUGGAAAUUUGGCAUUUCCUGUGCUAUUAGAACAGAAUGUCUCUUUCUCUCUCUGCCAUGUGUAAGAAUACUCAAAGCCUGCAGAAAUAUGUAAAGAAACACAAUCUACCCUCCACACGCCAACCAAGGGGAAUCCACAGGGAUGGGCUGGUGAAAAUGUUUAAUGUUGAACUCUUGAAGCCGACCCGUUAACAUAAGACUUGUCGCCAAAAUCCCUACAUUUUAAUUUCUUACCUGAACAAUGAAGUACUUGUGGCUGUUUUCUACCCAUAAUCCCGAGGAGAGGGACUGUUUUCUUUUCCCUCGCAUUCAGAGUUUGAUUCUCGCUGGAGGUUAAACCUCAAAGACAUAAUGUCUUUACUAGUGAUUUAGUGAAUGGUUGGGUUUAAUGGUGCUGAUGGGGCCUAGGGGGGCACUACUCCCUUAGAUUUUCCUUGUGCUACCCCAGAAACUUCUGACACCC